AUGCGGUCUUGUUACCAUGUCAGUACCAGGUGCAUCCUGUGCUGCUCCAGCUGCCGACGACGCUGCUGUGCUGUCUACAGUCGUCCAUCCUGCCGCUCCACCCUUCAUUGGCUCCGACCCGGAGCUUUGGCUACUGCUGCUCAACAGCUACUUACGGCAUGCCGAAUAACUGCUUCUGCCACGAAGUGCCACCAUGCCGUGUCGAUGCUACCACCUACUGUCGCCAUGGAAGUGCGCCACAUCCUCACGGCGCCCCCGACGGAGGGGCCUUUUGAGAAAUUGUGCUUGGCGUUACGGGCUCGGCUGGGUGCAUCUUCUCGGCAGCAUAUGCAGCAGUUGUUAAGGGACGAAUUCCUCGGCGACUGCAAGCCUUCCCAGCUCCUGCGAGGCCUCCGCCACUUGCUCUCCACCACCAGCACCACGUCGGAAGACCUCAUUCUCCAACCGUUGUUCCUACAGCAUUUACAAGCCAACGCUCAGGCAGCGCUAUCCAUAUUUCCAGAGAACACCUCUCUCAACGUCAUGGCGGAGUCUGCUGACCGCUUCAUGGAAGCGUCUAGUUCUAUGACUGCCAGUGUCUCGUCCGUGACACCAGCACUACAAACCUCUCCUGCCUUGGCACCAGACUAUUCGUUGCCAUCUCCUCAGCCCGAUGAAAACCGGCAGCCGGUCACAGUGCCAGCCUAUCUACUUGACGCUCUCAUUGGUGCCCUUAAUUCUGUUCAGAUAGCUUCACUGUCUCCCUGUGAAUGUCGACACCGCCCAGACAGCCACUGCGGAGAUUCAAGGCAGCGUCACCAGCAGCAAAGCCGAUCGCCCUCGCCUGCAGGCCACAGAUUGUCAGGACAGUCCAACAACCUAUGCUUCUACCAUCACUGCUUCGGUGACUGGGCCCUCCGUUGCCAAUUGCCCUGCUCCUGGUCUGGAAAAGAGUCGUGA